AUGAAUUCAAGAAUAUACUGUGUUAUUUUUUAUGGCAUAUCCCUACUUGUAUAUGUGAUAAUAAUAUUUUGGUUAAAUAAAUUUGAGAAGCAAGUAUUGCCAUCUGAACGAAUUGAGGAUAUAAUAAAAAGUAUUAAACAUGCUAAUAAUAUAGGUAUAAUAAAAAAUAAUAUUCAAGAUGGAAAUACACUGAUAGGACAUGAGAACAAUUUUUUAAUAAAUCUAAAUAUUGUUUCUGGCUGUAAAGAUAAUAAUAUUGAUAUGCUUGAAGAGAUGUUAAAAUCAUAUAUUGAAGAACAAAUAAAAUUAGAAAAUGAAAAAAUCAUAUCUUUAUAUUCAUUCGAAGAAUUAAAUAAGUUACAAGAUAUUUUUAUGGUGGCUAUAAAUGUAAUUAAUAAGGAUAUGAUAAAAAAAGAUACUAUAGGUAUAUAUUCAAAUAUAUGUGAUAAUUUAUUAAGAAAAAAUAUGAUCAAUGAUAAUAUUAAUAAUAAUUAUUAUAUAUAUAUAAUAGCAAAUGAAAAAAAAAAAAAAAAAGACAACCUAUCAUUUACAUUAUCGACCACGAAUAUAUUAGAAUUGUAUUAUAAUAAAAUUGAGGAAAAUAAUGUAGAUAUAUAUCAACAAUAUAUUCAUAUAACGUGGGAUGUUUUAAAAAAUACAUUUUUAUAUAGGGCAGAAAAAAAAAAAAAAAAAAAUUUUAUACCCUUCGUUCCUGAACUUGAUUUAAAUUUUUUUUUGGCUAGCUGUUUAUAUAAUAAAUUAAAUUACAAGAUAGAGAGAAAUAAAAAUGGUAAGGUUGAAAUGGGAGAAGUUUUGAAUAAUGUAGAUUCGUGUUAUGAAAAAAAUUGUAAUAUAACCAAUAAGGAUAAUAAUAAAAAUGAUAUAAAUAAUAUAAAUAAUAUAAAUAAUAUAAAUAAUAUAAGUAAUAUAAAUAAUAUAAGUAAUAUACAUAAUAAUGAAAAUACUAUAAAUAAUAUGCAUAAUAAUAUGGAUAAUAUUAAUAAUAAUAGAGGGAAUAUGUUUAACUCCCCAUUAAUUGCUGUAUGGGAUUUUUAUAAAGAUUUUUAUUACCCAUAUUUAAGACCAUUUAUUGAACGACUUUUAUAUAUUUAUCAAAUUAAUAUAUACCCACAAAUUUUAAGUAAUAUAAAUAUGUAUAAAAUAUCAGAUGAAAAAAAAAAAUAUAUAGACGGUGAAGAAAAAGGAAAUUCUCGAUUAAUUAUUCUAGAUAAAAUCACCAAAUUCACAAAUAUUUUUGAUGAAGUCACUUUUGAUAAUGUUCUAUCAAAGCCUACAUAUCAAGUACCUAAAAAUAUAAAUUUUAUGGUUGUCUUUCCAAAUGGAGAUGAUAUAUAUUUUUAUAAUAAUCUUACUAAAGAACACAAAAUAGAAACAGCUGUUUCUAUUCCUGAAUGGGGUACCAUAUAUAUAAAUAAUGAAUUUACAAAAUUAAAAGAUACAACUAAUUAUAAUAAUAAAAAUAAUUUAGUAAAUAUAUCUGACCAAGCACAUAUAAUCAGUGGAAUUUUUAUUUCUCAUUUCAGAUCUUUAUUAGGAUUAUGUUCAAAAUUUUCACAUUGUAUUUAUAAUAUUUUUAAUAGUGAUACAUAUAAUAUAAAAUAUGUAGAAACAAUAUCUAGCGAAAUAGAUAGUUACGUAUCUUAUAUCAUAUCUGAGAAAAACAAUUUAUCCUUUUCUUUUUUUUAUCAUAUUCCUAUAAAAAAUAGUAUUUCGAAUUAUGAAUUGUCGGGUUUAAUUAGACAAGCAUAUAAAUAUCAUAUUAUGGAGGCAAUUCAAAAUUUGAAUAAAUUUUUAUCUAUAUCAAAAAUAAGUAUAUAUAUGAAGGUUCCCUAUUACACCUUAACAAUAUUUAAUAAUAUAUUAAACAAUAUAGAAUGUAGUUUAAAAUAUAUGCAAGGUAGAAUAUGUGGAAUAAAUCAUAUUGAUAAGGUAGUUGAAGAAAAAUUUAAAAAAGAAAAUGAUGAUAAAGAAAAUGAUGGAGAGGAACGAUUUUUUAAGGCAGCAUUGGUAUUAGCUCAAUCUGCUUAUCAAGAUUCUCUUCAAUUAUUGAGUGAUGAUAAAAUAUCCAUUUAUGACAUAUUAUCUAAAGAUUUUAUGUUGGCUUCUUUUCUUCCCGUCGUAAUUCCUUUUGGUUUGCCAAUUAUUUGUUCCGUAUUCCAGGAACUUAUCAAAUACUUAAAAAAAAGAAAGACAAAAAUCGACUAA